AUGGACUCCGAAAGCAGAUUAGGGUUAGAUGAGCUCAAUGGGAAUUCAGAGACCAUAAGCAUUAAUAAUUCAGCGCGAGGUGAAGAGUCUGUGGCCUUUAACCCUUCACUUUCUCCCCAAACCCAUCACAGUUCACCUGAUCAUUGCGAUAAACAUUACCAUUCCAAACCGAUCUUUGCUAAGGAGAUUUACCGCGCAAGUGAUCUCCUUAUGUCUGUCUCAGUGUGUGCUGAGGUAAACAAGCCUAGAAUCAAUGAUCUAGCUGCUGCGGCAGUGGAGGAACUAACACAAAUGGCCAUUGCACGAGAACCUUUAUGGCUCCAGGAUAUAGAUACAGGUAGUUGGGUACUAAAUGAUGUUGAGUACAAGAAGAGAUUUGGGCCACUUGAUGCAACUUUACAGGAGAUAAUAAGAAUGGUCAAGACGGAAGAGCCUAUACAGCUCCCAAAUCUCAGCCCUAGUAAUUCAUCAAUGGGAUUCAAAUCAAAACCAUUACAAACUGAAGCUUCCCGAGAAAGUGCCCGAGUGUUUAUGAAUCCAGUCAACCUUGCUAAGAUGUUCAUGGAUGUGGAUCAAUGGUCAACUAUGUUUUCAAAUAUUGUCUCAAAAGCCACUGUACUUGGAGUCCAAUCGACUGGACAACCGGGGAACCCUAAUGGAGCUUUGCAAGUGAUGACAGUGGAAUAUCAUCUCCCUUCACCACUUAGUCGGUGUCGAGAAAGUUAUUUUGUAAGGCAUUGUAAGCAGCUGGCAUCACAGAGUUGGAUAGUGGUGGAUGCUUCUCUGGGGAGCAUUUUUCCUAUGCCAUUGAUAAAAUGUGAAAGAAGAUCAUCAGGCUGUUUAAUUCAGGAAAUGGAAGAUGGAUACUCAAUGGUUACAUGGGUUGAAAAUCUGGAAGUAGAUAAUAGAUCAGUUAAGGAAUUAUUCAGGCCUAUAGUUUCUUCUGGUUUUGCAUUUGGCGCGAAACGUUGGCUUGCAACUUUAGCGUGGCAAUGCGAGCGCCACGCCACCAUGAUGGAUGAAAGCGUGAAAGACCUUAAAGAGGGAAGGAAGAGUCUAUUAAAGCUUGCAGGUAGAAUGAUGAGAGACUAUUAUGCCAGUGUUAGCGCUUCCCCCGAAAACCCAUGGAGGCCAUUACCUAUAACUGGUGCUGAAGAUGUCAUGAUCAUGGCUUGCGAGAACUUAGAUGAUCCAGGAUCACCUCGUGGUGUCGCCAUCACUACUGCAACUACAAUAUGGCUUCCAGUCUCCCCGGAAAAGGUUUUCAUAUUUCUUCAAGAUGGAAAUGCUCGUAAUCAGUGGGAUAUCCUUUCUAAAGGCCGCGCCACUCGAGAAAUGGUACGCAUUGGUACUGGUCGUGACCUAGGGAAUUGUGUUUCAAUUGUGGUAGUAGAUGUAAGUCGUUCUUUUUCUCUUUUUAAUUUGUUUUGGUUCAUUUUUAUUUUUGUUCUUUACAUUCCUGAGAUUUUACAUAAAAUUUAUUUUGUAUCAUUUGUAGCAUGCACCAAACAAUGUAAAGAUUCUUUAUGUACAAGAGAGCUGCACCAAUUCAACAGGCUCCUACGUAGUUUAUGCACCUAUAGACAUUCCCGCCAUGAAAAUGAUCUUAGACGGUGGUGAUCCAGACCGAGUGCAAAUCUUGGCCUCGGGAUUCGCCAUAAUUCCUGACAGGCCAGCGGUGCAUGGGAAGGAGAUCACUGGAGGAACCCUAUUAACACUUUCAUUUCAGAUCAUGGAUGAUAAUUUAUCGACAUCGGAAUAUCUCCCUUCUCAAUCAGUGUCAACACUUCACAACCUUGUCAA